AGAACACCGGAAGUAGACGGGCUGACGUCACUGCCCCCAAAUUCGAGAUGGCUGCUACAACAAGACCCUCGGAACCUGAGUCACACGUCAAAGAACAGCCUCCAGGAGCUCUGCCGUUUGUCCUGUCUCAGCCUCCGGUCAUCGAAGGUUUCCGUCAAUCUCCGAAGCUCAAAGAUGAGACCUUCAAAGAAAAGUUCAUUAGGAAAACCAAGGAGAACCCUUUCGUCCCCAUAGGUUGUUUGGGAACAACAGGAAUGCUGAUGUACGGUCUCCGUUCCUUCCAUCAAGGAAAAACCAAACAGUCCCAGAUGUUCAUGAGAGGACGUAUUUUUGCUCAAGGCUUCACCGUGGUUGCCAUCAUUGUUGGCAUUUUUGCUACAGCUCUCAAACCCAAGCAGUGAAGAUGGAUGCGGUCUGACACUCGUGAAGUUAUCUCCUUGCCCUGAGAUUGGACCAGAUCCAAUGUGCGAUUGGACUCAGAACAAUCAACUAUAACAUGUUGUGUAUGCAGCGUCCCUUAAAUAAAUUUAAGUAUGAACUUGU